CGUUUCCUGGUGUUACGCCGGUGUCCAGAGACUGGCGUACGUCGACAGGGCCGUAGAAUUCUAGAAGGGGGUCAUCAUACGAGGCCGGCUCCGCCGAACGCACCGAGCCAGGACAGUAUACGAACGUCAUUCGGCGCGGACUGAGCGGCGAAAGGCGCGUUACCUGCGAGCGGUACCGCAAUUUCGAAUCCGAAGUCUGCUAUCUCUCGUGUCUGUUUCCCUCUUCGCCAACGGGAAUUCUCUGCUUUGCGAUUCAGUGCGCCGAUCACCGUGUCAAUCUAAACGGUAUUCACCGAUUUCUACGUUGAGCCAGUGCGAGGAAGAAAUACAGGAAAAAAAAAAAGAAAAGAAAAGAAAAGAAGAAAGAAAAGGACAGCACACGCACACACACGUGCGCAUACACACAGGCACAGAUACAUACCGAGGAAGAUCCACGGAGGAUUGUUUCACGGAGAACGGAGGAUUAAUUGGCUGCACGUUUCCACGCGUGUGAAUUAUAAAAAUCGAGAUAUAGCGCAACCGAUUGAAAAAACAAAUCACUUGAUGCGCUGAGGAUGCGCCGUGAUUUCUGCAACGGUGGGCUUGCCUGCGCCGUUGUGUGGGUGUCGUCGACCUGCUGGCUGCUCCUGUCUUUGUCAUCGUCGGCCGCGGCAGAGCCAUCGUUGAAGGCGAUAGGUCGAUGCCCAGCCUUCGAGGAGCAAAACGUGUGUCCGGCAAGAGCGCCAAGUUGCGAGAAUGACUUCCAGUGUCAGGCGUCGGGAGAACGUUGCUGCAAGACAGCCUGCGGUACGAAAUGCGUCAUCGGUCAGUUAACAGGCUGCGAACAGCUGGCGCAGGCAGCCGUGAGAAGAUCGCGCGCCCUUGGUCCCCGCGGGCCGCCGCAAUUUAUACCAAAGUGUAACAACGAGACCGGCGAAUUCGAAAGGGUGCAAUGCCAUCAGCGGGAGAGAAGCUGUUGGUGCGUGGACGAGAUCGGCGUCGAGGUCCCAGGCACCAGGGGAUCCAGCAAGGACGUGAUCGAUUGCGACAAUCCCCGUGAGUGUCCCGCGCAUAGCUGUCGGAUGCUUUGUCCACUGGGCUUUGAGAUCGAGCCGAAAACUGGCUGCCCUAAAUGCGAGUGUCGAGAUCCUUGCCGCGGGAUCGUCUGUCCAGGGACCAGUCAAACGUGCGAGUUGAUUGAUGUAACGUGCGCCCGUCCACCCUGCCCGCCAAUUCCCAGCUGUCGCAAGGCCAAGUCACUGUCGACGAUCUGCCCAGCCGGCGAACCGCUGCAAAUCACCAACUCGCCGAGGCCGUUCCUCUGCGGCGAUUCGCCUGGCAAACCGAGCUGCCCGCCGAUGUAUAGCUGCCUGGUCGAGCCGAAGCAAGAGUACGGAGUCUGUUGCCCGUCCAACAUUAAUCUGAAGCGGCCGGGAACCUGCCCGUUGGAGGAGCCAGCUAUCUGUGGCAAUUCCUGUCAGCAUGACCUGGAGUGCCCGGGCCCGCAGAAAUGUUGCAAGAGCGAGAAGUGCGGCGGAGGCGUUUGCUCUGUCCCGCAGGGGCUCAGCGCUUGUCACAGGGACCGGGUGCUCGCCGAGAUGCUGAGUAUCUCCGAGAGACAGGGCCGUGGAUAUGUCCCUCAAUGCACGGAGGACGGAGGAUACGAAGGUAGGCAGUGUUCGAGAAAUGGUCUGGUUUGCUGGUGCGUGGAUAACAACGGUCGAAAGAUAUCUGGAACCAUGGGGCCAGCGGAUAAAGUCGACUGCAAGUCGAUAACGAAGGGAAGAUCACUUCCGGCGUCUUGCGUGUCCCAGCAGUGCGCCCAGGUCUGCCAAUAUGGAUUUAAAACUGACGCCUCCGGGUGUCCAACUUGCGAAUGCGACAAUCCUUGCGAAGGUUUCCCGUGCCCGAUUGGAGAGCAAUGCGUUCUGCAUCGCGAAGACGGGUGUCCAGACUUCCUCUGUCCAACGAGGCCAGAGUGUAAACUGAGGAAGUCUUAUCAAAGCCCUUGUGUUUACGGAACUCCUCUAAUCGACGACGAACGGAACGCUGUAACCUGUUCUGAGAACGACACUUGUCCCCAAGGCUAUAAAUGCACCGUUGUGCCGGAAGCCGGGCAAUCGGUAUGCUGCAUGACGUCAGCCAACUCCACGAAACCACAAACUAUGUGCGAAUACCUGAGAGAAUUCAACGAACGUAUGGAAGGGACCAGGGAGGAUAUGUCACUGGCGAUAUCGCCGCCUCAGUGCGAGAAGGACGGCAGCUACAAACCUCUGCAAUGUUACAACGGUACCUGUUCCUGCGUGAACGAUCGUGGCGUUGUUCUGAAAAGCGGCGUGAAUCGCAGCACCGAUUGUAAAGAGAUAAACGAUCUUCUCAAGCUGUGCGGGUCUCUGUCCUGCGAUUUAACGUGUCCCUACGGCUACGAGGUGGAUGUGACCGGUUGCGAGCAGUGUCGCUGUCACGAUCCCUGCAAGGACGCUACGUGCGGUUCGCACGAGAUAUGCACGAUGGUCGACGUGAAUUGCGGGUCGGGGCAGAAUUGUCCAGCUGUUCCAGCUUGCCUGGCCAUGAAACCAGGCCAGUGCCCGUACUUGGUACCGAGUUCGUCCAGUUGCGAGCUGCAGUGCAGCAACGAUCAAGAAUGCUCCGCCACGGAGAAGUGCUGUUCGACGGGUUGCGGGACGCAAUGCGUGGCUCCAGUAAUGGCCACGGCUUGCCAGCACGCUCGCGCGGUGGCGGAACACGCGGCCAGGGAGUCCGGUGAGCCAGCCAGAAGGAUUUACAUACCCAGAUGCGACGCCAGCGGAGCGUUCGAGCCGGUUCAAUGUCACAACGGGAUGUGCUGGUGCGUGGACAAGGAGGGCAGAGAGGCGGCAGGUACCCGCGUCCUCGAGGGCGUGGUGCCAAAGUGUAACACGCCGCUCAGGUGUCCAGAGAUCGACUGCAAGCUCGACUGUCCCGACGGAUUCGAGCUGGAUCCCGACAGUGGUUGUCCAACGUGUUCCUGCCGAGAUCCGUGCAAGAGCGUGACGUGUCGAGGGGAGAACGAGGCUUGCAGAAUGGUCGAGGUGGCGUGUAGCGUGCCACCGUGCCCACCGGUACCGGUCUGUUUGCCCAAGAAGGACAAUCCUUGCCCGAACGGAUCACCUCUGUUGGAUCAAAAUGGUUCACCAGCGAUUUGCGGCCCGCAUGGUCAACACUGUCCAUCCACGCACAAGUGCGAACUCUCUCCCCUGGACGAAUACGCUGUAUGCUGUCCGAAACCUCGCGAGGUUUGCUUCGAACCACCGCGAAAAGUACCGUGCAAUCUAGGAAUGGGUUUGAACGAGACUGAAAGAUGGUACUUCGAUCCGGAGCGCAACGAAUGUAGGAGAAAGUCCGAGUGUACUUUGGGUUACAACGAUUUCUCCAGCCGUCUGGUGUGCGACACAGUCUGCCCUGUGUUGUCGCAGUGCGAGAGACUCAGGGAGAAGAACUUGAAGACAUCUCAGAGGCUGAAGCAACCGACGUUCUUACCGAGAUGCGACCCGGAGAACGGCAUGUGGGAAGCUGUACAGUGUCUGGAGCACGUUGGCGUUUGUUGGUGCGUGAACCGGAAGGGUCAGCCGGUGAAAGGUUCGCUUACCAGAGGCUCGGAGCCCAAGUGUAACUUCAGGCAAGCCAGACGGGGGGGCAGGGGGCCGGCGAUACAGGAAAUCGACCGUGAAAUUCAAGCGUUCAUGGAGAAUGCUCUGAUUAACUUGGAAACGGACGAGAAGCAGAUUGGGAAAGUGUUGGGCACACGGUGCCAGGCGAUGAAGGACAAGGGCCACGUUCCGGCCAUUUGCGAUCGUCAGGGCAGGUUCGAACCGACGCAGUGCGCUGGCGAUACAUGCUGGUGCGUCGACGAGGCCGGCAAUCAGCUCAUCGGCUCGGAACCGUUUCUGAAAGGAACGAAUAUUUGCUUGCCAACUCCAGUUGAAGCUGUCGAGGUAACUCUACGUUUCCCCGGUCGAUUCCUCAGCGACGACGAAGCCACGCUGGUCAGACAAACGGAAGAUCUUCUACACGACUUAGGCGCCAGGAUAAAGGACGACGUACGAGUGGAGAUCAAUCAAGAUUCAGCUAUACUCAGCUUCGAAGUGAUAGGGCCGAACAAAGUAGACGUGGCGUUCCACUUGGAAGAAUUAACCAGAAUACAAAAGCUGUCUAUGUUGGGAUCAUUCGCGGACGCAACUACCUCCCGUUUCACGCACAGAUCACCUCCGAUUGCUAUGCAAAGUAGAAUCGUGGCGUUGGAACAGCGAGAGAUCCUCACGGAAGUAGAAACACCCGUUUAUCAAACUGCCACUUUGGUCCUGGCCGCUGGAAGCGCUUUCAUAAUUAGCAGUUUGCUCAUCUUGCUGAUGCUCUAUCGUAAAAAGAUAAAGAUGAAAGAUCCAUCGAAAACUUUGGCGGCGGACCAGCAUUUUCUCGCGUAUCAGCAACCGGUGUAUGUGAUAUCGGGCGUGGAACAGGAAGAAAAGAAGAAGGAUAUGGCCGAAGCGCAAGAGAGCGCGUCUACGUCGGAUGUGGUCAUCGGUACAUAGAGAAAAAAAAAAAAAAAAAAAAGAAAAAAGAUCGAAAGAUCGUCGAGUAGAUCGCCCUUAUCUCGUGCGCGAAUAUAGUCACGAUCGAAGCCACGUAAUCCCCUUCGUAUUUCAAUGAGAUAUUUAUUCUUGAAUAUGAGAUACCUCGCGACUGCCAGAAUCGAUGGUCGACCGAAUGGAUUGUAAACAGUGCUUCCUAUUUCUGUGGAUAUCUCCCGUGAUAUCGAUUCCACAAUAUAAGGAUGUAAUGUCUAUGUAAUGGCUAUGGGCAAUGCAAUUUGUUAUAAAGAAAAGGAAGAAACAAAUUCGGUCAGUCGUCGAGAAAUAGUAGUUCUUAUUUAGAACGAUCUGAUAUUCUCGCGGGUCUCUCUGUUUCGUUUCGUACGUAUCGGAUUCACCAGCGCAGGGAUGUCCCGGCCCGGAGAACGAAAACGGGAGGAUAUCGUUGCGUUAAAUGUAUAUCAUGGGUGUAAAUAUUAGACUCAUACUGUGUUCGUUUAUUUAUAUAGCUCAAUAAAGAUCGGAAAUUCCUUUA